AUGCCCGAACCUACGAAAAUUAGCAUCUUGGGGAAGGAGAGCAUCGUCGCCGAUUUCGGUCUCUGGCGCAAUUAUGUCGCCAAAGACCUGAUCAGUGGCUGCCCCUCCACCACCUACGUCCUCAUCACCGAUACCAACAUCGGCUCCAUUUACACCCCCAGCUUCCAAAAGACCUUCGAAGAAGCCGCCGCUGCCAUCUCCCCGUCCCCGCGUCUAUUGGUCUACCAUGCGCCCCCCGGAGAGGUGUCCAAGUCCCGCCAGACCAAAGCCGACAUUGAAGAUUGGAUGUUGAGUCAGAGUCCCCCAUGUGGUAGGGAUACGGUGGUCAUUGCUCUGGGUGGAGGCGUCAUCGGUGACCUGACCGGCUUCAUCGCCGCUACUUACAUGCGUGGUGUCCGUUAUGUCCAGGUUCCGACUACUCUCCUGGCCAUGGUCGACUCCUCCAUCGGAGGAAAGACUGCCAUCGAUACCCCGCUUGGUAAGAACCUGAUCGGCGCCAUCUGGCAACCCACGCGCAUCUACAUCGACCUCGAGUUCCUGGAGACUCUCCCCGUGCGGGAGUUUAUCAACGGAAUGGCCGAGGUGAUCAAGACCGCCGCCAUCUCCAGUGAGGAAGAGUUCACCGCAUUGGAGGAAAACGCCGAGACGAUUCUGUCCGCCGUGCGCCGUGAAGUCAAGCCCGGUCAGCACCGAUUCGCCGGUCUCGAAGACAUUCUCAAGGCUCGCAUUCUCGCGUCCGCGCGUCACAAGGCCUAUGUCGUCUCCGAGGACGAGCGAGAGGGUGGCCUUCGGAAUCUCCUAAACUGGGGUCACUCCAUUGGCCACGCGAUUGAGGCCAUUCUCACCCCCCAGAUCCUACACGGUGAGUGCGUUGCCAUUGGUAUGGUGAAGGAAGCCGAGUUGGCGCGCCACCUGGGUAUCCUGAAGAAUGUCGCCGUAGCUCGCAUUGUCAAGUGCAUCGCCGCCUACGGUCUGCCUACCUCCCUGAAGGAUUCCCGCAUUCGCAAGCUCACCGCCGGCAAACAUUGCUCUGUCGACCAGCUGCUUUUCAACAUGGCCCUGGACAAGAAGAACGACGGCCCCAAGAAGAAGAUUGUGCUCCUCUCGGCCAUCGGUCAGCCGUACGAACCCAAGGCUAGCGUUGUGCCCAAUGAGGACAUCAGCGUGGUUUUGGCCCCCAGUGUUGAGGUACACCCCGGUGUUCCCAAGGAAUCCAAUGUUGUCUGUGCUCCCCCGGGCUCGAAGAGUAUUUCCAACCGUGCUCUGGUUCUGGCUGCGUUGGGCUCUGGCACGUGUCGGAUCAAGAACUUGCUGUAUUCCGACGAUACUGAGGUUAUGAUGAAUGCGUUGGAGAGAAUCGGCGCCGCCACCUUCUCCUGGGAAGAGGAGGGUGAAGUGCUUGUCGUGAACGGAAAGGGAGGAGACAUUAAAGCCAGCCCUACUCCCCUCUAUCUUGGAAACGCGGGCACCGCCUCGCGGUUCCUGACCACGGUCGUCACCCUUGCGACCGCCAGCACUGUCGAUCACAGCGUCUUGACCGGCAACAACCGCAUGAAGCAACGUCCAAUUGGCGACUUGGUUGACGCCUUGACUGCGAACGGCGCCUCGGUCGAAUACUUGGAGAAGAAGGGCAGUCUUCCUCUGAAGAUCGGUGCCGGUGGUGGAUUUGCCGGAGGACGUAUCAACCUGGCUGCUAAGGUUUCCUCUCAGUUCGUGUCCUCGCUCCUCAUGUGCGCUCCCUACGCCAAGGAGCCUGUCACCCUGAAGCUGGUUGGUGGCAAGCCCAUCUCCGAACCGUAUAUCGAGAUGACCACCGCCAUGAUGCGCUCUUUUGGCAUUGAGGUGCAAAAAUCGACCACCGAGGAGUUCACCUACCAUAUCCCGCAGGGUCGUUAUGUCAACCCCGCCGAGUACGUGGUGGAGAGCGAUGCUAGCUCUGCUACCUAUCCUCUUGCCAUUGCUGCCGUCUCGGGCACGACCUGCACAAUCCCCAACAUCGGCUCCAAGUCUCUCCAGGGCGACGCCCGCUUUGCCGUGGAUGUCUUGCGGCCCAUGGGCUGCACGGUCACUCAGACUGAGACCUCGACCACAGUUACUGGACCGGCCGAUGGCAUCCUGCGGCCGCUCCCUAACGUGGACAUGGAGCCCAUGACUGACGCUUUUCUGGGAGCCUCCGUGCUUGCCGCCAUUGCUCGCGGGGAGGGCUCUAACCACACCACCCGGAUCUACGGUAUCGCGAACCAGCGAGUGAAGGAAUGCAACCGGAUCAAGGCCAUGAAGGACGAGCUCGCUAAGUUCGGAGUGGUCUGUCGCGAACACGACGACGGUCUCGAGAUCGACGGCAUCGACCGCUCCACCCUGAGACAGCCCGCGGGUGGCGUUUUCUGCUACGAUGACCACCGUGUGGCGUUCAGUUUCAGCGUUCUUUCCCUCGUGACUCCCCAGCCCACCUUGAUCCUGGAAAAGGAGUGUGUCGGUAAGACGUGGCCUGGUUGGUGGGACACCCUCAGACAGUUGUUCUCCGUGAAGCUCGAGGGAAGAGAGCUCAAGGAGGAAGAAACUCCCGUACUGACUGGUGCGGAGAAGGCCAGUGCUUCUGUGUUCAUCAUCGGUAUGCGGGGUGCUGGCAAGACGACGAGCGGAAAAUGGGUCGCAAAGGCCUUGAACCGUCCGUUCGUUGACCUCGACACUGAGUUGGAAACCAACGAGGGCAUGGCAAUCCCCGAAAUCAUCAAGCAACGUGGCUGGCAGGGAUUCCGGGAUGCCGAACUGAGCCUUCUGCAGCGCACGUUGAAGGAACGCGCGACUGGCUACGUGUUUGCAUGUGGCGGCGGUAUUGUUGAGAUCCCGGAGGCGCGCAAGCUGCUUAUCGACUAUCACAAGAACAAGGGCAAUGUCCUUCUGAUCAUGCGCGAUAUUAAGCAAGUGAUGGACUUCCUCUCCAUUGAUCAGACUCGUCCGGCCUAUGUGGAAGACAUGAUGGGCGUGUGGCUACGCAGAAAGCCCUGGUUCAACGAGUGCAGCAACAUCCAGUAUUACAGCCAACACGCAAGCUCCAGCGGCCUUACUCGGGCGUCUGAGGAUUUUGAGCGGUUCUUGAAGGUCGUCACGGGCCAGGUGGACAACCUCAGCCUGAUCAAGCAGAAGAAGCAUUCCUUCUUCGUGUCCCUUACUCUGCCGGAUCUGCGCUCUGCCAGUGACAUCCUCGAUGAGGUCUGCGUGGGCUCUGACGCCGUCGAGCUCCGCGUCGAUCUGUUGAAGGACCCCGCGUCGGAUAGCGACAUUCCUUCGGUCGACUACGUGGCCGAGCAGAUGUCCUUCCUCCGCAGUCGCACGGCCCUUCCCCUCAUCUUCACCAUCCGCACCAAGAGCCAAGGUGGCCGUUUCCCUGACGAUGCUCAUGACGCUGCGAUGGACCUGUACCGUCUCGCUAUGCGUUCUGGCAGCGAGUUCGUGGAUCUCGAGAUCGCUUUCCCCGACGAGAUGCUCCGUGCGGUCACGGAGAUGAAGGGUUACUCGAAGAUCAUCGCAUCGCACCAUGAUCCCAAGGGCGAGCUGUCGUGGUCCAACAUGUCUUGGAUCAAGUAUUACAACCGAGCCCUCGAGUACGGUGACGUGAUCAAGCUCGUCGGUGUGGCGAAGAACCUCGACGACAACACCGCCCUUCGGAAGUUCAAGACGUGGGCAGAGGAGGCUCACGAUGUGCCGAUGAUUGCCAUCAACAUGGGUGACAACGGACAACUGAGCCGCAUCCUGAACGGCUUCAUGACCCCUGUGUCCCACCCCAGCCUUCCGUUCAAGGCCGCUCCUGGCCAGCUGUCGGCCACUGAAAUUCGCAGAGGACUGUCUCUGAUGGGUGAGAUCAAGAAGAAGCGGUUCGCCAUCUUUGGCAACCCUGUGUCAGUUUCCCGUUCCCCGGCCCUCCACAACACCCUCUUCCAGCAGUCGGGACUCCCCCACGAGUACACGCGGCUGGAGACCUCCAACGCCGAAGACGUUAAGGACUUUAUCCGCUCCCCUGACUUUGGCGGUGCGUCUGUGACGAUUCCGUUGAAGCUGGAUAUCAUGCCUCUGUUGGAUGAGAUCGCGCGGGAGGCUGAAAUCAUCGGUGCGGUGAACACCAUCGUGCCCGUGAACAACGGUUCUGACAAGACUCGGCUGGUGGGCUACAACACCGACUGGCAGGGCAUGAUCCUGUCUCUGCGCAACGCCGGUGUGUACGGCGCCAACAAGGACGCCAGCGCGGUGGUGGUUGGUGGCGGCGGCACUGCUCGGGCCGCGAUCUUUGCUCUCCAUAACAUGGGCUACUCUCCGAUCUACGUCAUCGGACGUUCGGCGAGCAAGCUGCAGAGCAUGGUUGAAACCUUCCCGACUGGCUACAACAUCCGGGUGGUGGACAGCAGCGAGCAGAUUGACACAGUGCCGCAGGUCGCCAUUGGCACGAUCCCGGCGGACCGGCCGAUCGACCCCGGCAUGCGGGAGACCCUGUGCCACAUGUUUGAGCGGGCUCAGGAGCUCGACGCCGACAUCGUCAAGACCGGCGAGAAGGCGCCGCGUGUGCUCCUGGAGAUGGCCUACAAGCCCGCCGUGACGGCUCUGAUGCAGUUGGCGUCGGAUGCCGGCUGGCUCACUAUUCCGGGGCUGGAGGUCCUGGUGGGGCAGGGCUGGUAUCAGUUUAAACACUGGACGGGAAUUUCCCCGCUCUACAAGGACGCGCGGACGGCGGUGCUUGGAGACUCGGCAUGA